GAGGAGGCAAGAGAGGAGGAGGAGAGGAGACGUGAGGAGAGGACAGAGGAAAAAUAGGAAUAAACACACUCCAGAUGGGAUCUUGGCAUUAAGAAAUGGGAGUCGUGAAGUAUGAGCUCCACUGACCUCUACAGAAGACAAUAAGCUGUGAAAUCAUGAGUGCUUCAGUGACAGGAAGCCCAGACAUGGAGGUCAAAGUGGUCUCCGAGGAGAUGGCAUUGCUUAGCAACAUACUGGCAGCUUACACCUUUAUUGCAGACCAACCCGAGAAGACAGCGUUGGUGUUUCUGGGAGGUGUCUCCGUCGGCCUUCUUGUCACACUCUGUGCCAUCGUCUUCCAAAUACACUGUCGAGCAGACUGCCACUAUGGCAACAGUAACCACCCUCACCAUCGCCACAGGAACAGGCAUCAUCGGCGUCACCAUCACAGCUGUCCCCACCAUCAGCCCAUUGACACUAAUCCAGACAGCACUGCUGUUGUUACCUCUGGAGGGACCGGGCCUGUUGGGGACAGCGAAUCAGAGGACUGGGAUGACACGUCUGACCCGUCGGCACGGAGACGCAGAGGCUUUGAGAGAGCUCUGCUGCACAACACCAUGUUCACAUCAGCUGAGGAGAUGGACCGGGCCCAGCGGCUAGAAGAGCGUGAAAGGAUUCUCCGAGAGAUCUGGAUGAACGGACAACCAGACAUCAGUACAGUCACCCAGAGCCUCAACAGAUAUUACUGACACAGUGAGAAGGACAUGAAGAUAAACAGGCAAAUAAAAGGUGAAUAGAUAGGUAAUGCAAUGAAAAAAAACACUGGAUGAAAUGAACAUAAAACAUCAGCGUCAGCUUAGGAGCGCUGUCUGCACUGCACCAAAGAGAUUCUUACACAUCAAACUAUUACUGACAGCUCUGCCUGGAGCAGUCCAUUCCUCUGUGUCAACAACAAGGAAAACAUAUGAGUUGUGUCCUCCGAUACAUGAUGGCAGUGCAGUGUUUGGAAGAAGGCAUAAUGGACCCAUAGAGCAGACUCUGCUAUAUAUAACUGCUGGUGUAAAGUCGCUUUUGGUAAGGGGAUUUUAUAACGUUUCACAUUUUUAACAAGUGCUUUUGAGAAACAAUGUACAGAGGAGGAACGGGAGGCUUUGUGCUGCAGCUGUUCACAAGUUUAUGGGUUUAAAUAUUGGUGAUACUGUCUUAUUGCACUUUUAUCACCUUCUUUGGUUUCUAAAGCUGAUACAAUAAAGCAUGAGAACUGGAACAUAAUGGGAGUCAUGUGGAAGAAUUAAACAGGAAGAGAAAUUCACUCUAUGCCAAGAUAGACUUAAACAUACUGGUGCUUUUACUGCUGUAAUUCUUCUUCCCCAGAUAAAGUGAAUGCACACAAAAUUGCUGUGGUGGUUGAUGAAAUAUGUAUGAUUUAACCUGAGAGGUGUGUUGGUUGCAUCUGCAGGCUGAGAGCUUGUCAGCUAUAGGUGUUGUUGCAUAUUAUGACAGCAUGUCAUCAUGUUUGAGAGGAUCAUGCUGCCU